UCUACCUUUGGUUUUUAUUGGUGUAAGUACAAUACAUUUAUAUAGAUGAAAACACAUUUAUGAUGGGUAUGUUUAAAAAAUAAAACAGCUAUGGGAACUGAAAUCUUACCACUCAAGUACUUCAUCAUUUACUAAUGGCUUAUAUCUUAGUUAGCUACCAGGAAAAUAAUAUUCCUAAUUAUACUACUAAUGAUAAUAACAUUCAUUGGAUUUCUAGUUUUUCAAUGUAAUUUACUGUUCAUAGUCUUGAUUUGUUGGAAAUAAAUAAUGGUUCAAUAAACGGAAGCUCUUUUACAGUAAAUCAGAAGCCAAGUAGUCCAUCUGAAAGUCUCUUUUUCCCCUAAAUCAAGUCAGAAAAUUGAGUUGAAACAUUGAAGAACAUGAAAUUGAAUAUUAGGUAUGCACAAAAAAAAUCAGUAAAUGCACGAUAUAACUUGUAGCAAAGCUUUAAGAAUGCACAAUUUAACAGUAUCUAAUUUAUUUUUAUUUGUUCAUCAAGACAGAAAACUGCAUUAAAAAGUAUACAAAGAUUACAGUUUACAGAGUGACUGAUUUAUCAUUAUUAACAUUCAAUAAUGAGACAAGACUAGCUAUACUGUUACUGUAAAGUUCUGUGUCAUCUGUGUGACAGUAAUGAUAACGUGUAUAACCUGAGAGAACAUGCGUAUUGAAAAUAUGGAAAAGUGGUCCAAGAAUGGUCCCUUGGCAAACACCACGCUUAAAAGGAAUUGCAGAAUAAGAUGAAUCUGCUAUUACAACAGAGAAAGUGCUAUAGGAUGGUACAAGUAUAGCUCAAAAACCUUCAAACCUACUCAAGUUUCUACAGCAGUAUGAUCAAUAGUGUUUAAAGCUACAUUCAAACCUAAUAAAACAGGCAGCCAGUCAAUGGCGACCUUAACAAGAGCUUACCCUGCCUAUAGAGAGCGCAAAAACCUGACUGAAAACAAUAAAAUGAUUUAUUAACCAUUUAUAAGACAGUUAUUACGGUAUAACCUAUAAAUACAUUUAUUGUAAUCUGCAUUAGAAAGUGGUACAAUGAAUUCCUUAGAGACACUUCAGUGUAUGUGAGCCAUGUUUUAAUUCUGCUCUCUCCACAGGAUGGGCCCCGUUUGGUGAGUCAAAUGCCACAUUUCAUCACAUGUCUUUCUCAUAGAUCGUAUCUAAAGGGAUUGCUAACUUUCUUUUCCACUUUGACAGGUGAGAAUGACGUCAACACGGUGUGUGCUGGGAAAGAAUAUCGUCUGCCUGUGUACUCGACAUCCAGAAUGGUGACUUUUACACCAAACUUUAAAGGAACGAGACAUGUGCUGCUAAACAAAACCACUGUAACAGACCCACGGUUUGAGUUUACCAGAGAUAAGAUGUUAGUCCUGAAAGAAGUGACUCAUGCUGAUGAGGGACUUUAUGCCAUCAAACUGUCAUCUGGAUUCACCUACGAGACAUACCGUUUGGUUGUUUCAGAGUGCAUUAAGCCCUACCACAGAAAGUACGGGGAGAACUUUGGGAACGACAUCCCUGAAAAUGCCACCAUACUUGAGUUUAUUCCCCGGGGUGCUCCACCUGAGGCCAUGCCAGUCGUGUUGUGGAACAGGACAGAUCCUAAAACCAGCAAUGCGGGCAGGGGGCAACUGAUGCACGGGAAGACCUGGGUGGCAGAGAGAGUGACACAAGCAGAUCAAGGCAACUAUACUGUGAGAGACGGCAUGGGGAGGAUCGUAUCCCGCAGCACCCUCACUGUCCACGGUCACUCAUUCAAUGUCACCCGCUUUACCAAGGAGUCUUUAAACCUGCGCCUCUUUCUUCCUAUCCUUCACGCCCACCUCAUUUUCACCCCCAACCGUUACCCUGAUGAAUCCUCCCUCGGCCCUUUUGACCCCAAACCCCCCCGUGGUCCUGUGCAGCUGAUCCGUGAGGGCCAGAUAACAGACCAUGACUUGCGCUACAGGGGACUUAUCUCUCUGGGCAGGGAUGGCACCACCAAUGCGGUCGUCAUAUCAAGCCUGACCUUAAGGCAUGGUGGGCUGUAUGAAAUUAGAGAUCUGGAUGGCAAUCUGGUGUCCUCCACCUUGUUGCAGGUGAUUGAAAAGGGAGGCAAAUGGCGAGCACAUCUCAAGUCUAUCACCGCCCCUUCUGGCACAUUUCUAACAGUGGUUUGUGUCAUCGUGGUCCUGAAGCGAUACUCAGGCUGCAGCUUCAGACAGAUCAUCACUGGCUUUAGAAGAAACCGUACGCCACCAGCCAACCCGCCAAGGGUAAACAUCCAGGACUACAGCCAGCCCAGCCCCGAGCCCUCAGGCUUCUACAGUCACUCACCAUCAAAAUGGACCCCAAGACCCAGUCCUACACACACUGGUUACCAGCCCGUCACUGUGGGAAGUCCACAGACAGCAGAGAGCUCCCCAAAUCCUAAUACAACUACUGAGCAGGAAACAACUAACGAGGAUGAUAGAAAGAUUUCCUUUCCUGUGCCUGGGGCUUCAGACUGCCUACACUCGUCUGAGGACUGCGUUCAAUUCCAGAUCAAGAAAGACAAAAACAAAGAAAGAGAGAACAAAUCACAGGACUACUUUUCCACACUGCCACUAGACACAGAGACCUCUGAGUCCAGCAGUGUUUACACUUCAGAGAAACUGAACUUCUCAUGAGGGAUGAUGAGACGUAAGGCAUGGAGAAACUACAAACUAAAGAAAGACCUCACCUGUGCCUUUUGCAUCUUAGCCUAGUUUUAAUGGGUCAGUAUCCGUAUUGCAUGUUUCUGUUUUUUCAUGUAAAAGACAUGCAUGAGCUGAGCAUUGUGUCUUAAUGUCUCAUGCAUUUCUUGACACUGUUGAUGGUGCUCCUGAUAAAACCUGCUGUUACCUACCUCCAGACCCUCAAGACCAAUAUGAUCUGCACUGGAUUUGCUAAGUGAUGGUACAUGUAUGUUUGUGAGAGUAAUGUGAUUUCUAGGGCUAUGUAUACAUUAUAAGAUUGCAGAAGUUUGCAAAAAGGGAAUUCUCAAGUAGUAUACUAUACAUUACACAGUAAUAUAUGUGUAUAUAUAUUACUAAAUAUACAGUAAUAGUGAGUUAGAUUAAGUGUUUUAUCGUCCAUCUUGUUAACCACUACUAACUGCACCAACAUUUCAUUAUCAUAGUAACUGAAGGUUCUGCAGUUCAAUGACUUUUGCUAUGAAAUAGUGUUUUUACUGUUGAAGUAAUUGUAGUAAUAGUUAUGUGAAAUGUAAUAUGUUCCACCAAAUAUUGCAAUAGCCUAUUAAUCUGUACAUUAUAAUCUUUCUAAUCUAGUGACAAAAGAAGUUAGACUGCUGCUUGUGAUAUUUUUUGAUUAUCAAAGUGUCAUCUCUCAGAUUAAAAUAAAAUGUAUCUUUAACCCACA